AUGGGGAAGUCGACUAUUUUGGAGAGCUUGGUGCGAUUUUGUGAUGCAGUGGAAACUCUGUACACCAGAGACUACCUGCGCAGACCUACGCCUAGUGAGCUGCAACCGCUUCUACAAAAAGCUGAGUCUCGUAGAUUUCCUGGGAUGAUUGGUAGUAUUGACUGCAUGCACUGGCAAUGGAAAAAUUGUCCAACUGCUUGGCAAUGGGAUUAUGGCAAUCGGAAAGGGCAGAAAAGUAUCAUCCUCGAAGCAGUUGCUGGUUUUGAUACAUGGGUUUGGCACGCCUUCUUUGGUGUUGUCGGCUCUCAAAAUGAUUUGAACGUCCUGGAUCAAUCCCCGGUGUUCAAUGAUGUUCUGAGAGAUGAAGGCCCAACUAUCACAUAUCAAAUUAAUAAUAUCGUCUACCAGAACGGGUAUUAUCUAGCUGAUGGUAUCUACCUGAGGGGAGCGGCACGUCUAUUUGAUGAGGAGGUGCUUAAGAGUAUAAUGAUGACUUGUAUCAUCCUCCACAACAUGAUUGUGGAAGAUGAGUAUGAUUAUGAUGCUGAUGAAGUGUAUGAACCAGAUCCCAUGAACACGACCUUAACACGAAUUUAUGAAAAACCUAUGAGCCCAAAUGGAGAAUUAGUGCAGCAUGAUCCGUUAGUUAGAGACGGUAGUUUGAUGCAUCGUAUGAUUGAGUGCUACACGGAGAUGCAAUUGUCCUAUAUUCAUGAACACCGUCAAGUUGACUUGAGGAGCAUUUGUGGGCGGUGA